AAUUAACUAUUUUAAGGAGUAUUAAAAUCGUUUGUUUGAAAAACAAAAAAUUGGCGUCUUCAAUCAUGGACGAAUGUUUGCUGAAUUAACAAAACAAGAAAAUAUUUAUCCACUAGGAGACUUUUUACGAAAACUGUAAAAAAAAACAUUUCCAGAUAGUGGAAAAUUCCAAAAAAAUAAUUGUGAAUCUCGUGAAUCAAAAUGGGUGACAUGGUGAAGAAAAUGAUAAAAACAAAAGAAUUACAUCAAAGAUGUAGCACUUGGGUUGAAUCACAAGUAAUAAUGGUGCCAACGGAGGAGGAUCCAUUGGCAAUUUUGAAUUUAGAUGAAUCGGAGGAUACAGUUUCAAAUUCUGAAUUUGACUCGGUCUCACAAUGUGGCGCAAAAAAACGUCGACUGGGAACAAAAUUAAAGGACGAACAAUUAAUUUUACGUUGCGAAUGGAAGAAUUGUUCAGUGGAAACAUCAAAGGAAAAAGUAUUUCUCGAUCACAUGAGUUCGCAUAUUCCCGAAUUGGAAUUGAAAAUAUUUGACAAUAAUACUGCAACUUAUGUGUGUGGUUGGAAAAAUUGUCCCUACGAAACUUCAUUAACAACCGAAAUCACUUGGCACAUUUAUUAUCAUUCGUAUCAUCAGAAAUUGAAAUCAAUCGGAUAUAAUUUUAAGCAACGAAAUAAAUUGACGCAAUGUCUUCGUGAAACCGACUGGUCAAAUAUGGAACUGCCACCAACGUUAAUUUGCCAAUGGAAUGAUUGUCUGGAGACUUUUAACAAAUAUCAGACAUUUUUGGAUCACGUUACGAUUCAUAUGGAAAAAUAUCCACGUGGCAAUAAAGUCGAGGGCGGUAUUCAAUGUAAAUGGUCGGGUUGUAAAAAUAAUUUUCCCAGUAUUCAUAAACUUAAGGAUCACAUGAGAAGUCAUACGAAGGAGAAAACAAUCGCUUGUCCCGAUUGUGGUUUAAUGGUUUCGACAAAUUCCAAAUUUCGAGAGCAUUGCGAUCGUCAAAUUUCAGUUGACACGCAAGGAUUUUUGUGUUCGUUUUGCAAUAAAUUCUAUCCAACCGAAAAAAUACUACAGGGCCACGUGAGACAGCAUUUUUAUUCGAAAAAAUGCAAUUUAUGUGAUAUGAUUUGUGAAUCGCCGGCCACGCUCGCCAAACAUAUUCGCUACAGGCAUUUAGACGAAAGGGCAUUUGCUUGUCAAUUAUGUAAACACACGGCGAAAACCCAACAGGAUUUGGACUAUCACAUGUCUGUGCAUACAAAAGAACCAAUGUUUCGUUGUUCAGUUGACGGCUGUGCUUAUCAAUGUAAAAACGCCUACGUUCUAGACAGGCACGUGGAAAAAGUACAUUGUCAGGAAACAAGAUGGUAUUGUUGCCACGAAUGUCCAGUGAAAUAUCAAAAGAGCUACCGACUCACGAGACAUUUGAUAGACGUUCAUCACAUAUCGUUGAAUAUUGGACAUAAACGUUUUCAAUAUCAGAGAUGCGUCGACGGUUGUUAUCGCGUUCAAACGACAAGAUUUGAAUUUUGUAAAGACAACGAAGUCACUACAAUAUCUGAUAAAUCAGUGAAAUCAAACGAUGUUGUUUCGAAUGGUGUAAUUCUGGAUAAGAAUUACACUCUCAAAAUUACACAAGCCGAGGAUAUUUGCGUUGAGGUUGUGGAGGCGCAGGAUAAAUUAAAAGACGAAGACUUGGAGAUUGAGGGGAAUUUGGAAAUUGAUGAAGGCGAAACACAUGGAAUGGGAAAAUCGAUGCCAAUUAUUUCCAAUAUUCUCAUUUCAAUUGAUGAAAUGGACGCCGAUGGGAAUAUAAUUCGAAGUAAAAUAGUCGAGACACAAGAGACGAGUGUUCUACCGCCUUCGGAAGAGCCACCAAUUAUUUUAACUUAAAUUCUUCGAUAGAAUUUUCUCUUCUUCAAAGUAGAUAGAAUUUAUUAUUAUUUACGUUUCUUUUUAAUUUCUAUUUCUAUAUCUACUCGAUUUUUUCUUAUUUGAAAAAAACAAUUUCCUAUUCUUUAAAUACUGUUGUCUAGAUAAAGAGAAAUGCAAUGUAAAUUUAAAUUCUUUAUUUAGUCAAGUAAAAUAAGGCACGCAAAUAAAUAAUUUAAUAAUUGAA